AUGCAGCUCAGUCCUAUGCAGUCGCGCCUGGCUGCGUCCAUCAUAGCAUCAUGCCUUCUCCUGGCUAUCUACCUAUUCCUAUUCACGCCGCACUUUGCCUUGGCAGCCGAAAUUGGCGGCGCAUCACUCGGCCAUAGUGCUGAGCGCGAUGCCGAGUUCUUGGCCCUGCUAGACGACGAAGAUUCGGCGACGCCAAUCGGGUCGAGAAGUCCAGAGUACGAGCCCGACUUUGGCCUCUUCGACCGCAGUAUAAUCGGAAGGGCUACGGAGGAAACCCAGACCUUGGUCAACAACGAGGUGCGCGAGAAGAAUCUCGACGAGAACUCGCAAGCUACGUUUGUCUUCCAGUUCUCGUCCAUCUCCAGUCGAGAAGCAGGGGAAUCAGGAAGAACUGCAGAGUUGCGAAAGAGGUCGAACGGGUCGCAAGACCAGGAUGUCGAGGUGGAAGAGCCGAAUACCGACGACGCAGACGCAGACGCAGACGCAGACGCAGACGCAGACGCAGACGCAGACGCAGACGCAGACGCAGACAAAGAUGGAGAGGGACACGAGUUGCGACGGCGCCAAAGCGCAACCAAGACUCUGUGGAUAACAGCAAAUACCUGCUUGCAGCCAGACAGGCCAGUACCAGAUACCACGGGCGAAGAUCCACCUCAGCUCACCCUCUAUGUUUCAACGUCGAAAGACAACCAGUCGCCCGGCCCGAUGGCCAAGGGGAACCAAGACACAUUACUCUUCGAAGAGGGCGCCGUCAUGUACAAUACCACGGUUUCGGGCGACGUAUAUUUCACCGUGGCUGCUCCGUUCAUCAAGGAUACAUUUACCUCCAAGAUGUACAACUUCGAAGUCGCGGUCUCUGUGGAUCAGCCUUACCACUACUUCGACAACACCACCGACCCCAAUGUCAACUGGGUCGACAGCGAUGCGGGUGCGGCACUCUUAAUAACGGGGAACCUGACCGACAAUCCUGACACGGUCAUGACCGAAAUGCCCUACUCAUUGUUCGCCUAUGCCCAGGGGGAUGUGUCGGUCUUGGGAGUUCGGAAUUCAUAUUGCGGACUGGGGAAUUACGCCCAGAUUGGCGGGAACAGGUCAACGCUGCCAAAGAAUAUGAUGUCCAUGGGCAUGACCAGGAGAGGAGAAGGCAACCUGACCAAACAAGAAUUCUUCUUUACGGGACUGAACAAGAGCACCACUUACCAAGCCAUCCUGACCACAAAUCCUGGGUUUAGCUCGAAUAUUUCCACAUCCAAGCGGGAUACCGGCACAGGAAGUAAGAAGGUCGUCUUCAGGCAGACCGAAUUCGACACCAAAUCCACUGGCGCAUGCAUGGUCAUAUCCAACCUAACCUUCUGCGACCAGGUCGCAUACUCGGUCCCGGGCAAUGAAACGCGGUUCGGGAGCGGCAAGGUCGAAGAGCUGAAGAGCUUCUACGACGACUACGCCCAGACGAUGUACAAGAACUUUGAGAAGGCCAUGACGACUAUCCCGUGCGACAUCGAAAACACGUCCAAGUACUCGCUGGCGCGGAACUGCGACGACUGCAAGCAAGCCUACAAGAACUGGAUCUGCUUCGUGUCCAUCCCGCGCUGCGAGGAUUACUCAAAGACAGACCUCUUCCUACAGCCGCGCAACAUCAACAGCACCUUCCCCGAUGGAACCACAGUCGACAACAUGACCCUGGCCGAGUUCGGCAACCAGAAGGCGUACAACUCAUCUCGCCGGCCCGACAUCGACACCGUCGUCGCGCCGGGGCCCUACAAGGAGGUCCUGCCUUGUGAGGAGCUGUGCUACGACAUCGUCCAGAGCUGCCCGGCCUCGCUCAGCUUCUCCUGCCCCCUGCCAGGCAGCGACGUGCGCGUGCCCGGGAAGGACGUCUUCAGCUCGAGCUACGGGCAGCACAGGGAUGGCGACAAGUCGGUAGUGACCUGCAACUACCCGGACGCGGCGCACUACCGCAGGUCGGCCUCGGCCAUCGUCUCACUGCCGUGGACCAUGAUGGGCCUCUUGGGCGGCGGCGCACUGCUUCUACUGCUGUAA